AGAUUUUUGGCGGCAACAAGUUAUUUACAUUUAUUUAUUUUAUUUCUGCUAAACAGCACGGAAAUGUCCGACUCCAGCAAAGGCAAAGUGCUGCAAAAUACGGGUAAAUUCGUCAGCGAGAAUCGCACAGAAGGCGACGACUUCUUCAAUGAGGCGGGCUAUCGUCAAUCCCGGGAGAACGAUAAAAUCGACUCGAAAUAUGGCUUCGAUCGGGUUAAGGACAGCCAGGAGCGGACGGGCUACCUCAUCAACAUGCAUUCGAACGAAGUUUUGGAUGAGGACAGAAGAUUGAUUGCUGCCUUGGACCUGUUCUUCAUCCAAAUGGAUGGUUCCCGCUUCAAAUGCACGGUGGCCUAUCAGCCAUAUUUACUCAUCCGACCAGAGGAUAAUAUGCAUCUGGAAGUGGCGCGAUUUCUGGGUCGCAAGUAUUCCGGCCAGAUUUCUGGACUGGAGCACAUAACCAAAGAAGAUUUGGAUCUGCCCAAUCAUCUAUCCGGUUUGCAGCAGCAGUACAUAAAACUUUCGUUUCUCAAUCAGACAGCCAUGACCAAGGUUAGAAGGGAACUCAUGUCCGCGGUGAAGAGAAAUCAGGAGCGACAGAAAUCCAACACAUACUACAUGCAAAUGCUGGCCACCUCGCUGGCCCAAUCCUCCGCAGGUUCCGAGGAUGCCACAUUGGGUAAGAGGCAGCAGGAUUACAUGGAUUGUAUUGUGGACAUAAGGGAGCAUGAUGUGCCUUACCACGUCAGAGUGUCCAUCGAUUUGCGCAUCUUUUGUGGACAGUGGUACAAUAUCAGGUGCAGAAGUGGCGUGGAAUUGCCUACGAUCACCUGCCGACCGGAUAUUCUGGACAGACCCGAGCCCGUGGUCCUGGCCUUUGAUAUAGAAACCACUAAGCUGCCCCUUAAGUUUCCCGAUGCCCAGACGGAUCAGGUUAUGAUGAUCUCGUACAUGAUCGAUGGUCAGGGUUAUCUGAUAACCAAUCGUGAGAUUAUAUCAUCCAAUGUGGACGAUUUUGAGUACACUCCCAAGCCGGAAUUCGAGGGUAACUUUAUAGUAUUCAACGAAGAGAACGAGAUGCAGCUGCUCCAGCGCUUCUUCGAUCACAUCAUGGAGGUGCGUCCCCACAUCAUUGUUACAUACAACGGCGACUUCUUCGAUUGGCCCUUCGUGGAGACGCGUGCUGCAGUGUACGAUCUGGACAUGAAGCAAGAGAUUGGCUUCUCCAAGCUACGGGAUGGCAAUUAUCUAAGUCGCCCUGCCAUACACAUGGAUUGCCUAUGUUGGGUGAAACGAGAUUCUUAUUUACCUGUUGGAUCUCAAGGCUUAAAGGCGGUGGCCAAGGCUAAAUUACGCUAUGAUCCUGUGGAACUCGAUCCGGAGGAUAUGUGCCGCAUGGCCGUGGAACAGCCCCAAGUGCUGGCCAAUUACUCUGUAUCCGAUGCGGUGGCCACAUACUAUCUGUACAUGAAGUAUGUGCAUCCAUUUAUCUUCGCCCUAAAUACGAUUAUUCCCAUGGAACCCGAUGAGAUCCUAAGAAAGGGUUCCGGCACACUCUGUGAAACGUUGCUGAUGGUGGAGGCUUACCAUGCCCAGAUUGUGUAUCCCAACAAGCAUCAGAGUGAGCUGAAUAAGCUCUCCAACGAGGGACACGUACUGGAUUCGGAAACCUAUGUGGGUGGUCAUGUGGAGGCUUUGGAAUCGGGUGUUUUCCGGGCGGACAUACCAUGCCGUUUUCGUCUAGAUCCUGCUAUGGUCAAGCAACUGCAGGAGCAGGUUGAUGCAGUUCUGCGCCACGCUAUCGAAGUGGAGGAAGGCAUACCGCUCGAGAAGGUCUUGAAUCUGGAUGAAGUGCGGCAGGAGAUUGUGCAGGGGCUACAGGGUCUGCACGAUAUACCCAAUCGCUUGGAGCAGCCGGUCAUCUAUCACUUGGAUGUGGGUGCCAUGUACCCCAACAUUAUUUUGACCAAUCGCCUGCAGCCCUCGGCAAUGGUUAGUGACUUAGAUUGUGCCGCCUGUGACUUCAACAAGCCAGGAGUUCGGUGCAAACGUUCCAUGGACUGGUUGUGGCGCGGCGAGAUGUUGCCCGCCUCCAGGAACGAGUUUCAGCGCAUUCAGCAGCAGCUGGAGACCGAGAAGUUUCCACCCCUUUUCCCUGGCGGACCACAGCGAGCCUUUCACGAGCUCUCCAAGGAGGAUCAGGCGGCGUACGAGAAGAAACGUCUGACGGAUUACUGCCGCAAGGCUUACAAGAAGACCAAGCUAACCAAAUUGGAAACGCGCACUUCGACCAUCUGCCAGAAGGAGAACAGCUUCUAUGUGGACACGGUGCGAGCUUUUCGCGAUCGUCGCUACGAGUACAAAGGACUAACCAAAGUGGCAAAAGCAUCGGUGAAUGCUGCGGUGGCUUCGGGAGACGCGGCAGAGAUCAAGGCAGCCAAGGGCAGGGAGGUGCUCUACGAUUCCCUGCAGUUGGCCCACAAGUGCAUCCUGAACUCCUUCUAUGGCUACGUGAUGAGGAGAGGAGCCCGUUGGCAUUCCAUGCCUAUGGCCGGCAUUGUGUGCCUCACGGGCUCGAAUAUUAUCACCAAGGCGAGGGAAAUUAUCGAGCGAGUUGGUCGACCACUCGAAUUGGACACUGAUGGUAUAUGGUGCAUAUUGCCUGGCUCCUUUCCGCAGGAGUUUACCAUUCACACGAGCCAUGAGAAGAAAAAGAAGAUUAACAUAUCAUAUCCGAAUGCAGUGCUAAACACUAUGGUUAAAGAUCAUUUUACCAACGAUCAGUACCACGAGUUGAGGAAGGAUAAGGAAAACAAUCUACCCAAAUACGAUAUUCGAGAUGAGAACUCUAUAUUCUUCGAGGUGGAUGGACCCUACCUUGCCAUGGUGUUACCCGCUGCCAAAGAGGAGGGCAAGAAGCUGAAGAAAAGAUAUGCGGUCUUUAAUUUCGAUGGCACACUGGCUGAACUCAAGGGAUUCGAGGUGAAGCGACGCGGUGAACUGCAGCUGAUCAAAAAUUUCCAGAGUUCCGUCUUCGAAGCUUUCCUCGCUGGUAGCACACUUGAGGAAUGCUAUGCAUCUGUGGCCAAGGUGGCGGAUUACUGGCUUGAUGUACUCUACAGCAGAGGAUCAAAUCUACCCGACUCGGAGCUAUUCGAACUUAUUUCGGAGAACAAGAGCAUGUCCAAGAAGCUUGAGGAGUAUGGCGCCCAAAAGAGUACGUCCAUCUCCACGGCCAAGCGAUUGGCUGAGUUCCUGGGCGAGCAGAUGGUAAAGGAUGCGGGUCUGGCUUGUAAGUACAUUAUUUCGAAGAAACCCGAAGGAGCACCCGUCACCGAGAGAGCUAUUCCCUUGGCCAUUUUCCAAUCCGAACCGAGCGUGAGGCGACAUCACCUGCGUCGCUGGCUUAAGGACAACACCAUGGGCGAUGCGGAUAUACGCGAUGUGCUCGAUUGGAACUACUACAUAGAGAGAUUGGGUGGGACCAUUCAGAAGAUCAUAACCAUACCGGCGGCACUGCAGGGACUGGCCAAUCCAGUGCCCAGAGUUCAGCAUCCGGAUUGGUUGCACAAGAAAAUGCUGGAGAAGAACGAUGUGCUCAAGCAGCGUCGCAUCAAUGAGAUGUUCACCAGCAGACCCAAACCGAAACCUCUAGCCACAGAGGAGGACAAGCUGGCCGAUAUGGAAGAUUUGGCUGGUAAAGAUGGCGGUGAGGGUGCUGCAGGCUGUCCGAUAGUCACCAAGAGAAAGAGAAUCCAGCUGGAGGAGCACGAUGACGAGGAGGCACAGCCGCAGGCCACCACUUGGCGUCAGGCCUUGGGCGCUCCACCGCCCAUCGGUGAAACCAGAAAGACCAUCGUUGAGUGGGUGAGAUUUCAGAAGAAGAAAUGGAAAUGGCAGCAGGAUCAGCGCCAGCGUAAUCGCCAGGCGAGCAAGCGAACUCGAGGCGAGGAUCCGCCGGUGGUCAGAGCAACAGGAUCCACAGCUACACUGGGCGGAUUCCUUAGACGUGCACAACGCACCCUGUUGGACCAGCCGUGGCAGAUCGUACAGUUGGUGCCCGUCGACGACCUGGGCCACUUCACUGUGUGGGCCUUAAUCGGCGAAGAGUUGCACAAGAUCAAGUUGACGGUACCGAGGAUUUUCUAUGUAAAUCAGCGAAGUGCAGCUCCUCCAGAGGAGGGUCAACUUUGGCGCAAGGUCAAUCGAGUUCUGCCACGAUCCAGACCUGUUUUCAAUCUCUAUCGAUAUAGUGUGCCCGAACAGCUCUUCCGGGAUAACUCGCUGGGCAUGCUGGCGGAUCUGGCGACGCCCGACAUUGAGGGCAUAUACGAGACGCAGAUGACGUUGGAAUUUCGCGCCCUCAUGGACAUGGGCUGCAUUUGCGGUGUCCAGCGCGAGGAGGCACGUCGCUUGGCCCAAUUGGCCACCAAGGAUCUGGAAACAUUUAGCAUCGAGCAGCUGGAGCAGCGGCCCCAGACUCAGGUCAAAUAUUUGGCUAGCGCCAACAAUCGAUUGCGCAAAAUCUACUUGUAUCAGCAUAACACACCGACGGCCAAGAAGGAGAUCUGGUCACUGAUCCUAAUGCCCAGCAAGAAGGCAUUUGUUUUUGCCUUGGACACAGUGCGUGCCAAUCAAAUGCCGAACAUGAGGCAAUUGUAUACCGCCGAGCGUUUGGCCCUGCUCAAGAAUCUGACGGCAGAGGAGCAAGAUAAAAUUCCUGUAGAGGAUUACACAUUUGAGGUUCUCAUUGAGGUGGAUGUCAAACAAAUUUACCGGCACAUACAGCGGGCACUGACCACCUACAAACAGGAGCAUCAGGGACCCACCAUUCUGUGCCUUCAAACGGCGCUGUCGGCGCGUAAACUCAGCCUGGCCAUGCCGAUCCUGCUGGAGUUUCCCCAGGCUGAGAUUCAUAUCUCCGAUGACGCUAGUUUGCUUUCUGGCCUUGAUUGGCAGCGACAGGGCUCCAGGGCAGUGAUACGCCACUUUCUGAAUCUGAACAAUGUUCUUGAUUUGAUGUUGGAUCAGUGUCGCUACUUCCAUGUGCCCAUUGGCAAUAUGCCGCCGGAUACUGUGCUUUUCGGAGCGGAUCUUUUCUUCGCUCGCUUGCUGCAGCGGCAUAACUUUGUGCUGUGGUGGUCGGCGAGUACCAGACCAGAUUUGGGUGGCCGGGAGGCGGACGACAGCCGGCUGUUGGCGGAAUUCGAGGAGAGCAUUAGUGUGGUGCAAAACAAGGCCGGUUUCUAUCCGGAUGUUUGCGUGGAGCUGGCUCUGGAUAGCCUGGCGGUGAGUGCCCUGCUCCAAUCGACUAGGAUUCAGGAAAUGGAAGGCGCCUCAUCUGCCAUUACGUUCGAUGUGAUGCCGCAGGUCUCGCUGGAGGAGAUGAUUGGCACUGUUCCGGCGGCCACCUUGCCGAGUUAUGAUGAAACGGCCCUCUGUUCCGCCGCCUUCCGCGUUAUGCGCUCCAUGGUGAAUGGUUGGUUGCGAGAGGUAUCCAUCAAUAGGAACAUCUUCUCGGACUUCCAGAUCGUGCACUUCUAUCGAUGGGUGCGCUCCAGUAAUGCACUACUCUAUGAUCCUGCUUUGAGAAGAUCUCUGAAUAAUCUGAUGAGGAAGAUGUUCUUGCGCAUUAUAGCCGAGUUCAAGAGAUUGGGCGCCACCAUUAUCUAUGCGGACUUUAACAGGAUUAUCCUUAGUUCGGGUAAGAAAACCGUUUCCGAUGCCCUGGGCUAUGUGGACUACAUUGUGCAAAGCUUGAGGAACAAGGAGAUGUUCCACUCCAUCCAACUGAGCUUCGAGCAAUGCUGGAACUUUAUGCUCUGGAUGGACCAGGCAAAUUUCUCGGGAAUUAGGGGAAAGCUACCAAAGGGAAUCGAUGAGACAGUGUCGUCAAUAGUUUCCACUACCAUGAUACGGGAUUCUGAACGCAAUCAAGAUGACGACGAGGAUGAAGAAGAGGAUUCGGAAAACCGUGAUCCAGUGGAGAGCAACGAGGCCGAGCAGGAUCAAGAGGAUGAGCUGUCCCUGGAGCUCAACUGGACAAUUGGCGAACAUCUGCCCGAUGAAAACGAGUGCCGCGAAAAGUUUGAAUCCCUGCUGACCCUCUUCAUGCAAUCUUUGGCUGAAAAGAAGACCACCGAGCAGGCCAUCAAGGACAUCUCACACUGUGCGUUCGACUUUAUCCUGAAGCUGCACAAGAACUACGGCAAGGGCAAGCCGAGCCCGGGCCUAGAACUUAUCCGCACUCUGAUCAAGGCGUUGAGUGUGGACAAAACGCUGGCGGAGCAGAUCAACGAGUUGCGCCGAAAUAUGCUGCGUCUGGUGGGGAUUGGUGAGUUCUCCGACUUGGCUGAGUGGGAGGAUCCCUGCGACAGUCACAUCAUCAACGAGGUCAUCUGCAAAGCGUGUAAUCACUGCAGGGACCUGGAUCUCUGCAAGGACAAGCAUCGCGCCAUGAAAGAUGGAGUACCCGUUUGGCUGUGUGCCCAGUGCUAUGUGGCCUAUGAUAACGAGGAGAUCGAAAUGAGAAUGCUGGAUGCACUGCAGCGCAAGAUGAUGUCCUAUGUGCUGCAGGAUCUGCGCUGUUCGCGCUGCAGCGAGAUCAAGCGCGAGAAUCUGGCAGAGUUCUGCACUUGCGCUGGCAACUUUGUGCCCCUCAUCAGCGGGAAGGACAUCCAGACACUGCUGGGCACAUUCAACAAGGUGGCUGCCAACCACAAGAUGCAGUUGCUCCAGCAGACUGUUCAUCAGGCGCUGACCACGCCACGCUAGGACCUAGUUUGUUGUUGUUUUCUAGAUCGUAGGGCUUAAAUAUAUUGUAUUUAUAAUGGAAUUUAAUUCGAUUUU